AUGCAGAGGUCUAAAUCAUACUCAAAUGACUACCACCAGCAACCAACCCCUAGAACUCCAUCAACACCAUCUUCAUCAUGGUUCUCCACCACCAGCGUCCACGUGAUGGCACUCGACGGCAUAGUGAACGUCAACGCCCUCUUCACUGUCGCAGUCUUCAUCGGACUUUCCCUUACAUCAGACCAAAGCAGCACCAUAAAGAGCAAAUCAUCAUGCAGUACUGACGUUGAAGUGGCGAGAACCCUUGUCGUCUUCGAGGUUUCCUCCUUCAGCUUCUUCCUCUUCUCCUCACUCAUCGCACGGGGUCUCAAACUCGCCAUCAACCUCCUGAACAGCAGAGAGGUGGAAGAGGCCUUGAAGGCCAAGAUUAACGUCAACAUCCUGAAGUUUGGGAUGAUGGGAUCAGCUAUUGGGUCGGUGAUGGGAUGCUUGUUCUUGAUGCUUGCAAUGGUCAAUGUUGUGGAGAUGAAGUUGGGGUUAUUGUCUUGCGGAGGCAAAACAGCUUAUUCUGUGGCCACGUUGAUUAUCCUGGUGACCAUUGGACUUUCGGGUUAUAUAUCCAUCGCUCUAUAUGCUUUUAUGCAUUAA